CCCGGAGGGAGGGAAGAGAAAGAGCGAGAGAACCGCGGCCAGAGCGCGGAGAGGCCUGCGGGCGGCGACGGCAGCGGGAGGGCGGGCGCCGUCGGGCCGGAGCCUCCCCCGAGCCGCGCCGCGCUCUGCGCUCCGAGCCGUGAGCCCUUUGCCGCGCCCCGAGCGCGUGGCCGGGGGCCGGGCGGGGCGGGCGCUCCCGGAGGCCGGGGCCGGCGGCUGCCCGCUGGGCUUGGGCGGGGCGCGGGCUGCGCGCUCCGCGGCUCGGUGGUCCCGCCGGGGGCCGGCGGCGGGGGAGGCGGCGGGGACGCGCGGCUCGCCGCCAUGGACGACAAGGCGUUCACCAAGGAGCUGGACCAGUGGGUGGAGCAGCUGAACGAGUGUAAGCAGCUGAACGAGAACCAAGUGCGGACGCUGUGCGAGAAGGCUAAGGAAAUUUUAACAAAAGAAUCAAAUGUACAAGAGGUUCGCUGUCCUGUUACCGUCUGUGGAGAUGUGCAUGGCCAAUUCCAUGACCUUAUGGAACUCUUCAGAAUUGGUGGAAAAUCACCAGACACCAACUAUCUAUUCAUGGGUGACUAUGUAGACAGAGGAUAUUAUUCUGUGGAGACCGUGACUCUUCUUGUAGCAUUAAAGGUGCGCUAUCCAGAGCGUAUCACAAUAUUGCGAGGAAAUCAUGAAAGCCGGCAGAUCACACAAGUAUAUGGCUUUUAUGAUGAAUGCCUACGAAAGUAUGGGAACGCCAACGUGUGGAAAUACUUUACAGAUCUCUUUGAUUAUCUUCCACUUACAGCUUUAGUAGAUGGACAGAUAUUCUGCCUCCACGGUGGCCUCUCUCCAUCCAUAGAUACACUGGAUCACAUAAGAGCCCUGGAUCGCUUACAGGAAGUUCCACAUGAGGGCCCAAUGUGUGAUCUCUUAUGGUCAGAUCCAGAUGACCGUGGUGGCUGGGGCAUUUCUCCACGUGGUGCUGGCUACACAUUUGGACAAGACAUUUCUGAAACAUUUAACCAUGCCAACGGCCUCACACUGGUGUCCCGUGCUCACCAGCUUGUAAUGGAAGGAUAUAAUUGGUGCCAUGAUCGGAAUGUGGUCACCAUUUUUAGUGCACCCAAUUACUGCUACCGCUGUGGGAACCAGGCUGCUAUCAUGGAAUUAGACGACACUUUAAAAUACUCUUUGUAAGUACCUUUGCAUUGUAACCGCAUGUAAUGCUUUUAGAGGGGAAAGCAGGUCCUGAAGACAGACUUAGGGGCUGGAGAAGCGGCUUAGCAGCUCACUCUACAGUCAUGAGGAACGGAGCCCAGCCCCCACAAACACCUCUAACUCCAGCUCCCUUUUCUGGCUCCCGCAGACACCUGCACACCCAUGUACAUAGAUUCGUCAUACCCAUACACACAUGCGUGCAUGAAUAAAAAAAGUCUUGUAAAGACACAUGAAAAAGCCCUACUUGUACAGGGUAGAAGGAGUGCAGACCGUCUUCCCUAACUGAGCUUGAGAACUUUAGUAUGCCAGGUACGUAGGCCACGGCCUCCUGCAUUCUAGUUCACUGCUCUGCCACUGCUACUCAGGCUGUCCUGGAACUUAACUGUUAGACCAGGCUGACUUCAAAUUCAGAGAUCCUCCUGCCUCUGCCUCCCAUGUUAAAGGCAUGCACCAACACUACCCAGCUCAAAAAAGUAGUUUUUAUUUAUUUACACUUUAUUGAAAUCUCCCCAAGAGCUAACAGCUAAUAGAAAACCAUUGAAGAGACCCUUAAGCUGGGUGUGGUGGUAAAAGUUCUUACCUAGCACUCGGGAGGCAGAGGCAGAGAGGAUGAGUUUGAGAGCAGUCUGGGGUAAGCUCUACAUGAGUUCCAGGACAGCCAGGACUACACAUAUACCCUGUCUCGGAAAACAAACAAGAACUCAGACAAACAGAAGAACUCGUCCACUACAACUAUCCGGGGCUGGAAAGUGUUGUGGUUAAAAGUACAGGCUGACCUCCCACAAAAUGGCAGUUAAUUCCCAGCUCCUACACCGCAGCUCACAGCCCUCUGUAAUUUCAGUUCCAGGGGAUCUGACACCUACUGACCUUUGACCACUGACAUUCAUGCAUGUAUUCACACACACAUAUGUAUUCACACACACACACAACACACACACAAAACAAAACUACAAUUGACUCAUUUUAGGUUUAGUAAAACAUUUCCUACUGGGAGAUGGCCUUAUUGGCAUUCUGCUUACCCUAGCAUCCGAAGCCCUGGGUUCAAGCUUAGCACUGUGUAAACUGGCCAUGGUGAUGCAACCUAUAAUCCUGAUACUUGGGAGAAGGAAGCAGGCCAGCUUGAGUUCCAGGCCAGCACAUGCAACCUUAUUUCAGAAACACUUGUAAAAUAAAACAUGUGCUAUAUAUGAUGUCACUUGCAUGCCUAUAAUCCCAGUACUAUAAGGUAGAGCCAGGGAGACCAGGAUUUCAGAGAGAGCCUUUACUGCAGGUUUUGGCCACUGUAGGCUAUAUGAAGCCAUGUCUCCACCGCAACACACAAGCUUGGGGCUGCGUCCUGGUCCUGAGGCUGUGAAUGCUUGUGUGUGCCUGUGGUUACAUCCUAUUAGGGCUGCCUGCAGAAGGAAAAUCCAGUGGGGUUUAUCUCAGGGCAACAGUGUUGAUUUAAAAUAUGGGAAAGUCAAAUAUUAAUGUUAUACUGUAAUAACAUUAAUAUUUAAACAGACAAACAGCAAUUUUGGCAGGAAAGGCACUUGGUAAAAUUCAGUGUUCUUUUCUGCCAGGCACUAACAGACAUGUAAAUUUUCACCAUGGCCAUGAAGUGGUAACAGCUAAUGAUGAGUUUGGGGUCAUCCUAGCCACAUGGGGUGCACCAUAGCAGAAAGCUACAGAAAGGAGGCCCUGUCCGGCCCAUGCCUCACUUGCUGACCAUUUUCUCUGUCACUUUUAGUCUUCAGUUUGACCCAGCACCUCGUCGUGGAGAGCCUCAUGUGACCCGGCGCACCCCAGACUACUUCCUAUAAAUUCCUCCCCAGGACCUGUCUUUGUAUGUUGAAGUAUACCUGGCUUUUUAAAAAAUAUAUAUACAUAUAUAUAUUUAAAAACAACAGUUAUCUGUGUGUCUCUGUAACAAAUUGUGCUAUGUCUUGACGUUAAAACACAUCAUGGACCAAAACGUGCCAUACUAAUGGUGAGCCAUCAGCACGGUGUGAACUUGAGUCCACUGUCCUAGCCGAGUCAACCAGGCAGCCGCCUGCCCGCCUGCCUGCUGUAGUAGCCGUCCUUCGUGACUGGUUAAGGGAAAGGGUCACUGGUGGCUUCAUCUCCUUUGCGCUUACUUGGAAAUUUAGUUACAAGUUUAACUGGCAUGGAUUAUAGAGUUGGAGUUUUAUUUUUAAGAAUUGACAAGCUGACUUCCACUUAAAUUCAUAACCCUUUAUUUUGUUGAAAUGUAUGACUAACUGAAGAAGAGAUUCUUGGGAGUAUGUUGUCAUAACACUAAGAUUUCCUUUCAAGUUUCCUGAACUGAAUUACUGUUGGAUGUUGACCUGCACAUUCUGUAUAUUUGUCCUGACAGUGUUGCAUCCUCCUUGCUGUACUGAACAAAUAAACUUCCCAAUUUAGAGAGACA